UUUUUCUAGUAUCCUGUGAUAUAUAUUUAAACAUAUUUAUUUUAUGGCCUGAAAACGAGACCUUAAGUCAAUAUUUAGCCAUAAAUUCCCAAAUCAUAGUCUGUAUUGUCAAUUGUCACCCGUUCCGUAAAAAAUAAAUAAUAAAAACAAAUUUUAUUACGUUUACUUUUAAAAAGAAGUUUAUCGUGUUGCUUAAAAAUGGCAUCAGUUAUAUGUUCUAAGACAGUUUAUACAUGCCAACUUGAUCCGAAUUCAAAUUCUUCUAUGAAAUUAAUAUUGUUGAAAAACGUACAAAAUGUAACCACGAUCACCGAAAACAUAAAACACGGUGUAUGGAAAUGUGCUGCUAUAAAUCCGUCUUUGAUACUAGAUCCUUUCCAAGUAGCUGUGGCCGCCAACCGUGCUGUCGUUGCCCAAAUGCUAGGACACAUGGUAACAAAGUCAGUAUAUGGAGAAAUUUUAUAUAACUUGUCACUCACCAAAAAUAUAACUCAGAGCUUAACCAAGUUUGGCGUUUAUAAACAGCAUUGUGUUUUACUGUGUUUCAUUAUAACACAAAAAGAAGAUCACAGCGACAACGUUUUGAAGCAGAUCAAAGGAGAACUCUGUCCCAUUUCAGAUCUAAGUAAAUACACUGAACUUAAGCAAAUUCAAGAUGCAUUUAAAUUGGACAGUUUACAGUGCACUGGUAACCUCUUAGAUAGUAUUGUUAGCCGAAUGGUAACUAAGAACAUUGUGUCUUUUAAUAACAGGGGUAUGAUUCAAUGAGAACUGAGUGAUAUUAAAACAGGAAAAGUAUUACUUAUGAUGUAAUAUAUCAAAAUCGACGCUUUUCAUAAAUUUCAUUUUAGCCAGAUUGAUAAACAUCAAUUAAAUUUUAUUAAACAAUUACCAUAUUAUGAAUUUAUUAAUCUAGCACAGUUAGGCUUGUUUUAAAUUCUUGUAAACUCAUAUGAAUUUUGUCUGCUUUGGGUUAAAAGUGAAUUUUUCAAUGCUGUGUGCAUAUCAUUAUUUAAUGUUGUUAAAUACAGCAAUUACAUCACUAAUGUAUAAACAUAGUGUUGUGUAAGGAUUUAGGUUAAGCUGAAGUUGAAUUUUAUGGAAUAUGUAUCAAACCACAACAUAUAUAUGUGCAGUAGACACUGCAUUGUAGUUGUACAAUGU